CUUUAAACAUCUGAAUGAGAAUCAAGUUUGUGUUUCUCUUUUUAGCUUUACUAUUAAGCAGCUUUGUAUUUGCUGCACAAGAGAAAGAAGAUGAUAUUGUACAGAAGAUUCAAGACGCCGGUGACCACGAAACGUACACCUUUCAGACAGAGGUCUCACGCAUGAUGAAUUUGAUCAUCAAUUCACUUUAUAAAUCAAGAGAAAUCUUUUUGCGUGAAAUCAUAUCGAAUGCAUCUGACGCACUGGACAAGAUUCGCUUCUUAUCUCUUACUCAUCCUGAGGCGCUCAAGGCGUCUCCAGAUCUUCAUAUUCAGAUCAAGGCAGACCCUGUUCACAAGACACUCAUGAUCAGAGAUACAGGUAUCGGUAUGACCAAGACACAGCUCAAGGAAAAUCUAGGCACGAUCGCCAAGUCAGGCACUUCUGAAUUCUUGGCCAAGAUGCAAGACAACAACAAGGAUGCCUUGAACCAGAUUGGCCAGUUUGGUGUUGGCUUCUACUCUGUCUUUCUAGUUGCAGAUAAGGUCACUGUGGCAAGUAAAUCAAACGAUGAAGAAGAGCAAUAUGUCUGGAUGAGUGAAGCUGUUAAUGAUUUCACGAUUGCUAAAGACCCAAGAGGAAACACACUUGGCCGUGGCACAGAAAUCACGCUUUAUCUAAAGAAGGAUGCAGAGCGUUUCUUGAAUGAAAAGACGCUGAAGGAACUGGUACGCAAAUACUCUCAAUUCAUCACUUUUCCUAUUCAAGUCUGGAGCGCACAUGAAGUUGAGGAACAACAGGAUGACAAGGAUGAAUUGGAUGAAGGGGAGAACAAGAGUGAACCCAAGAAGAAGACAGUCUAUGACUGGGAUAGAGUCAAUACUCAAAAGCCUAUCUGGACAAGAGAUGCCAAGGAAGUAACGGAUAAGGAAUAUAACGAAUUUUACCAAUCUCUGACUCUUGACCGUGACGAACCUCUGGGCUGGUCUCACUCCAAGGGCGAAGGUGAACUCGAAUUCCGCUCUUUACUCUAUAUCCCUCGCUACAUGUCUGAAAAGUUCUAUCAAACAAUGCAAGACAUUAAGCCAAUCAAGUUAUUUGUAAAGCGUGUAUUUAUCUCUGAUGAGUUUGAUUUAUUACCUAGAUGGCUCUCUUUCCUUCGUGGUGUCGUCGACGCUGAUGAUAUGCCAUUGAACGUCUCUCGUGAAACAUUACAGAAGCACCGUAACCUGCGAAUUAUCACUCGGCAUUUGGUCAAGAAGGCUCUCGACAUGUUUUCUCAAUUAUCCCAAUCUAAUCCUGACAAGUAUACUGCCUUCUUGACUCAAUACGGCGCGAUGCUCAAGUUUGGUGCUAUUGAGGAUACAGCCUAUCGUAAAAAAUUGACCAGUUUACUUCGUUUUGCUAGCUCUCAUAACACCACAGCCUACAGCACUAGUUUGGAUGAUUACAUCUCACGCGCCAAGGCUAAUCAAAAGAGCAUUUACUUUAUGACAGGCAGCAGCGUCUCUGAAAUCGAGCAGUCUCCGUUUAUCGAAUCUCUCUUGGCUCGUGGCUACGAAAUCCUGUACUUUACUGACCCAAUUGAUGAAACCUUUGUCGAGCACAUCCCGGGCUACAAUGGUAAAAUGUUUGUUAAUAUUGCCAAGGGCGAUCUAGAAUUGGAAGAUAGUAUGGACACAAAGGAACAAGAAGAGAAAUAUAAACCCUUGGCUGAUUGGUUAAAGGAUAUCCUCUUUGAUCAUAUAGAUAAAGUAACCAUCAGUCAACGUCUUACGGCCUCUCCCUUUGCUAUCGUUGCGCCCAAGCAUGGCUUGAGUGGACACGCUCAACGUGUGUUGGAUGCUCAAGGACAUAAUGUGAAAAAUCCGCAGAUGGAAAUGGUUUUGGAGUCGCUUAAACUUCAAAAGAAGAUACUAGAGAUUAAUCCCAACCAUCCAGUGAUCGAAAGGUUGUUGAGCUAUGUGGAAGAAGAUAAUAUGCCUGAAGACAUGACUAAUUUGGUUCAGUUGAUGUUUGAGACAACAUCUAUCCGAAGUGGAUUUCCUUUGAAAGAUAUAAACCAAUUUACAAGCCGUGUCGAAGGAUUAUUACGUAAGAACAUUGGGGUUGCCAUGUCAGAAGAAGCAAAGGUAGAAGUGAAAAAGGCUAAAGAGAAGACAGAACAGGAAAGAUUGAAAGAUGAAGAGAUGAAAAAGACAAAUGUUGUUUAUGAUGAUCUCAAUGAACCUAUUGAACAUGAUGAACUCUAAUAAAGUUACUUUUUAACUAAAAAAUUGCUUUCUCUUUCUAAUAGAGAGGAUUAUUAAAUCAUCAUGGCCGCACAAAGAUGUUCUAUU